ACAAUGGCCAUUUUUAAUUAAAUUUAUCAUUUGGCUAAUUCAGAAAUGGGCUAAUAAAAGGGGCCGCAUACAUUUGUAUUUUAAUCAGUUAAUUAUCAUUAAUAAACUUGUACAUAGCUAUAUUAGUGAAAUUGUUAUUUUAAAAUUUAUAUUACUGUUAAAAAAAAGAGGCACAUAAUGACAUAAAGUAUUAGUAACUAAUAACUUGAUGUUUACUUACAGUUUGUAAUAACAUUUUUAACAAUUCCUGAAAACGGGUACAUAAUACAUAUAUGUACAUACAUAUACAUGUACAAACAUAUACCUGUAUAUAUAUUUUUUUGCCAUAGUUCAAUCCACAAUACAUGAAUAUAGCAGAUGUUCCUUUAUACGAGUUGUACAUGUACUUACAGAAUACACGUAUGUUGACACACAUUGUACUAUAGUACAGUUACAUAUAGUGUCAUCCAUUUCACAAAGUUCUUAUAGUCGGUAACCAAUAAUUAUUAAUUAAUACAAAAAUGUUAUCCUCUUGAAAGUUGUCUGUAAAUAAUAGUGCUUACAUUCCACAUUUUAAAGUCUUAUUUCAUCAGCUGUGAAUUCACCUCUACCUGUUUUCAACUUCAAAAGAACUUGUGUGUGUACAUGUGUGUUGCAUAAUUAGCAUAUCACCAGGUUGUGUGUGUACAUGAUGUAAUGCAUAUAUUCACAUGGUGUGUGUUUAAAUUUAGACACCUUGACGUGUUGACACAGUCAGCGUGCUAUUCACGUACACUUUUUAAUAUUUCACUGUGUGACCUUGACCCAGGUGACGGACAGUGUUACCUCUGUGUGUGCGUGUGUACCUUUGGAGUGCUAAGGUGUCGAUAUGGAUUACGUGAUCCAUGGAUUAACUGCUGAUUCUCUCAGGAUGAUUUGUUGAUCUGUUUCAAUAUGCCUCAUAAACAGUUUUCCAAGAAAAGACAACUAAUCACCUGCGGUCCAGGGACGGCCAGCCUAUCCAGUCUUUCACAAUGUUUUGCACAGUCUGACAAACUGGCUGCUCAUGAUACUGGAGUGUGUAAUGGUGCUGCCGUGGACACAACCAAAGAAAACGGAGUUGUGGCCCUUGAUGAAAUUCCAAUGAGCAAAACUCGAGAUGUUGGAGUGGUCACAGAUGUGUGUAACAGCGCUGAUGAGGUGGAGAUAGUAAGUCUGAUCGAGGAGCAGAUUCCGCGAUAUCGUCUCCGUGCCGACACAACCACACAGUUCGGUGGCUACAACCACAAGGACUGGAUCAUACAGACGCCCAUCGUACCGCCCGACCUUGACCUCACGCUGACCGACGAACAGAUUGGAGGAACACUGGAUUAUUUUGGUCACCACCUAGAAGAUAAAAGUAAAAGAAAUGUAUUCUGGACAAGAGAAACAAAGAGUCCAUUGUUGUUGUUGAUACUAGUUUUGUGUGGUGACCGCCUGACCCAGAUGACCAAGACUUACAAUGACAUCGAAGCUGUCACUCACCUGCUCGAAGAGAAAGAGCGUGACCUUGAACUUGCGGCACGUAUCGGUCAGACGUUGCUGGAGAAGAACAAGGAGCUGGUGGAGAGACAGGAUCUGUUGGAGGAGAGUCUGGCCCACGCUAACGAGAAGGCCAACCAGCUGCGCCAUGAUUUGUCAAUGAAAGAAGAACUUUUACGAGCAUACUUUGACGAUGACAGCGAAUACUCAGAUUGCUCCACCCCUGGUGAAGCUCCUAAGGGUCUCCAUGCGGGGAUUGAACUGCUCCAGAAGAAAGUCAUACAGUUGGAGGAGGAUAACGUACAGCUCAGACUGGACAGCACCCAACUGAAGACCGCUACCAGUGACUUUGAGGAGAAGGAGAAGAAACUGGUGGAGGACUGUUUACAACAGAUGGCUGAAGUGAACAUUCAAGUGGAUUGCUUUGCUGAGGAGCUGGAGAGAAAAACGGAGGAAAGCACACGACAGAAGGAAGAGAUCCGAGCUCAUCUAGCCAAGAUGGCCGACCUGCAGAAACGCGUGAGAAAUCUGACCGUUGAGAACAUGGAGCUGUCUAAACACCUGCACGCCUCUCAGGAGUGCCAGCGCAAACUCACAAAGGAGCUUGGUUACCAACACGACCAGUACGAUGAACUCAUGGAGUUGCUGACCACUGCUCAGGAAGAACUGAAAACCCUGCGUGUUAAACAGCGUCCGGGCGUCACGCGUCAGUAUCUGUCGUCAUCACUUCUCAACCGACUCAACGACUCACUCGCGUCAGAGCUGGAGACGUCGAUCAGACAAGAACAAAGUCCAGCAGAAAGAAGAAAACAAAGCUGGAAAAUCUUUGAGACCGCUCGAGCGGCAAAGAAAGCGAGUUCGAAGAAACGAUUUUCAAGUUCGACAUCCCUCAGCCAGACCGGUGCUGACAGCAGUGACACGGAGCAGAGGAAAGGAGCAAUGUUCUCUUUCUCCGACACAGAGUCGGUGAAAAGUGACGGAUAUAGUGCUGAUAAUGACAGUAUAUACGGCUCCACCUGCAACCUUGGCAGGCCAGGAAUCCCAGGCUCUAAUGACCUUGAGGCGUCAUUGAAACGACUGGCUCUUCAGCGGUCCGGGGAGUACAGCGAGAGAUCUUUUCUCCGAGAUGAAAACAAGAGAGAUGACUCUUCCAGAUUUUUUAAUGGCACAGCACCAAACUCGACACCCAGAACUCCCAACUUAACUCCAAAAACUCCUGAUUCCAUAGGGAGUGGUUACUCCUAUCUUUCGAUGACUGGUAGUCAUAGCAACCCAUACUUCCGCAUCCCCGAGAAACUUCAGAUCAUAAAACCAAUGGAAGGUUCUCUGACAUUAAAACAGUGGCAGCAGCUGGCCACGCCCAACCUGGAGGGUAUUUUUGAGGAACGACCCGGGGUCCAGAUCAAGGGGGAGCGCAAACUCAAUCUGGACGAAGAGGUCUACAGACUGAGUGACUUCGAAGAAGAUGAUGAACCAAGUAUUUCAAGCCAACACUCAGAUUCUGGUUUCUCUGCAUUUUCAACCACAGAUUUGGCCGAUCGUAGAAAACCCGACAACCACUUCCCACUGUCCUCCCCACCCAGUUGUGUGGGUCUCGUAGGACUGACAUCAUCACCACUGACAACAGCUACCACAACGGCGAUGACAUCGACACCGAGAUGCCACGUGACGUCACUGACCGGCGGUAACGCCUCAGCAUAUGGCAUGUCGCUGGGUCUCGCCGCCAUUCUCAACGAACGUGACCUCGGGUUCACCCGCUCCACGCUCGCUCCCGGCCUGCGUCACGCCGCGUCCAUACCCACACACCUACACACCGCGGUCAACGAAACGUCACACAGAUCGACAACAUCGCCCUCGAGAGCCGACCCAGUUUCCGUUUCACAGUCACUCAAAGACCUGUCUGUCUGUGGUUUACCGAAUUCAUCGUCCACUCCAACAGAGGGCGCCGGUAUUCUGGAGAAGAUUAAAAAGACGGGGUUUUCAUUGUAUGGUUAUAUUGGCAGGAAGAGCUCGGCAGAUAAGACUGAUUCAGCUGGCGUCAGUACAACGGGAAUUAUAUGUGACACGGACCAGAUAGAAAAGCUAGACUCGCCCGUUGAUGGUGAAUCGAAGAGCAGAGUUCCGAGUGAUAAUGGAAGUGUGUUAGGCAUGUUGACUUCUUUCAGGCGAGGAGGAUUUCUUUGAUGUUUUAUUUCUAAACCCAUACUUAACCUGUGGGGUCAAGGUUGUACCUGUAGUCCUUCCCAGUCUCCACAGUCAUUGUUUUUUGUAAAUAAUUUCAGUUUGAUUUGAUGAAAAACCCCAAAGCAAAAGUGUUUUGGAAAUAAUUUAGAAAACAGUCGGUUCAGAAAUAAAUAACUUGUAGUAAAUACAGUAGCAAGAGAAUGACAUUCCCUGGUGGGAAGGACUAUAGCCUAAAAUAGCCACGACAUUCCCUGGUGGGAAGGCCUAUAGCCUAAAAUAGCCACGACAUUCCCUGGUGGGAAGGACUAUAGCCUAAAAUAGCCACAAGAAGUAAUAAUAUGGAUUUCUCUAGGUAGACAAACAGCAUUUUUAAAUUAAAAGUUCAUUUUGAUGGUGUUUGUUUGGAAGGGGUUAUAACCUCCUUAACACACACCCCACCCCCCACCCCAUCUAGGUAUGGCCCUGGGGUUUUGUUGUUGGUUUAUUUUUAGUAAAAAACUAAGAUUUUUUAAGACAAAUUUAGUCUAGAUAUCAGUUGAGACUCUUAAAAGAUAAUUUAUAUGUUCUUACAUUUGUUUUUGAAAAAUCAAAGAGAGUAACAAAAAUUAUACAUGUACUUCUCAGUGUCACAGAGUGAAAAUAUCACACUCGUUAAAGUAAACUGUGUUGAGGCAAAAUUCUGUUUUAUACAACCAUGGGGCAUCUUAUAUCACACACUCCUCAUUGAAUUGAUGGGCACUUGGGUAUCAUCGCACGUCCCCUCAAAACCAAAAGGCUGUAUGUUCAGCAUGCUUGCAGAUGUGUUCAAAUUUAUGAAACGUGUUCAAAAUUGCAUUAUUUUAAAUUAAUAAAUAGCUGGACAUGUGUUAAAAUCCUUAUUAAUGUUUUAUUCAGAAUUCAUGUAGUUCUCUACAGUUGAUUUACAAAUGUUGGGUUUGAAGAUGUUGUCUUCAAUUUAUUGAUUAUAUCCAUGUAGAGUGUUUGUUACUGUGUUAAAAUAAAAACUGUACACUUGAUGGAGAAUGCAAAACACCAGUGAUUUGUUCAGACUUCAUAUUUCACAAAAGCAUAUCUAAUACAGAAAUCAUGUGGAGGUUAGUUCAUAACAAUGAUCAAUAAAACUUCAUUCCCAGUUUUGCCAAAUUCUCAUUAGUAUUUAACCAUUUAUAAUGUGUGAUUAGUAUUUAACCAUUUAUAAUGUGUGAUUAGUAUUUAACCAUUUAUAAUGUGUGAUUAGUAUUUAACCAUUUAUAAUGUGUGAUUAGUAUUUAACCAUUUAUAAUGUGUGAUUAGUAUUUAACCAUUUAUAAUGUGUGAUUAGUAUUUAACCAUUUAUAAUGUGUGAUUAGUAUUUAACCAUUUAUAAUGUGUGAUUAGUAUUUAACCAUUUAUAAUGUGUGAUUAGUAUUUAACCAUUUAUAAUGUGUGAUUAGUAUUUAACCAUUUAUAAUGUGUGAUUAGUAUUUAACCAUUUAUAAUGUGUGAUUAGUAUUUAACCAUUUAUAAUGUGUGAUGCACAUUAAUUUUUCUUCCUGUGACACUUGAUUACAUGAUACCCUUAAAUGCAGUCACAAAUCGAAAAAGUGAAAUUGCUUUAACACUGAAAAGUCUGGGCACAUUUUCCACAAUUCCACAUUGUAAUAGACUCAUUUGUCAUAUCAUUUAUCAAGCCAGAUAUUAGUUUUAGUUUAUGGUGAAAACACACGUCAAGUUUAUUAAAACCAUAGUUGUGUUUGUAUUGUGCUUUAAGAAACAAUAUUAUAACAUGGCGAGGUGAGAUGAUAACUUUAAUCCAUUUUCUGGAAUGUUUGUGAUUUGGCAGCUGGGAAUGGGGCUGGCACCUACAUGGCCACCCUUUUGUACUGUAGGCAUCUUUGAAGAGGAGGUAUGCCUAUUUUACAAGAGGGGAGGGUCAUUAUAAAAUAGGUAAUACAACGUAUGUUUACCCGAAUGUUCCUAGUUUUCGGCAGCAUGAGGGGGUAGGGGGAUCUGGUGCCUCUGUCAUUUCGACCAUCACCACAUCUCCCUCCCACCCCCCCAUCUCAUUUUUCGUCUAUAUUUAUGUCUUAGUAUGCAUAAAUAUGUUGAUUAUUUGGGUAACAUACACUAGUCUGUUUCAGAUCUGAUUCUGUUUAAGAUUUUAAGGAAAUCACUCCUUGUUGAAAUUGUAUAUAUACUGACGUCCAAACGAAAUUAUACCAAGACUCUGAGAGACUACUGAAGAAAAUCCAAAAUAGGCUGCUUGUUUAAAAUAUAUAUAUUCAUGAGAAUGGUCUUCUUGGCAUGUUGUGAAAAAAUUUAAUUCCAUAAAAGAACAGACAUAUUUAACCACAGUUUCAUUUCCUUUAUUCAACUUAUAAAGGAAUGUAAAUCAAUAUUUCUGGGUAUAGUUUCAUUUGGACGUCGGAAUAGAAUUGAUCUCAUCCGGUCCUCCUAGAAAAUACCAGUGGUCACACAGUAUUAGUUACAGUGGCCACACACAAUUGGUUAGUGGUCACACAGAAUUGGUUACAGUGUUCAAACCAACAAUAAAGUCAACUAGGUAUAGGUGGUUGGCUAGAUGGUUUUUUCAUCUGUUUUGCACAGUAUGAUGGAUUAAAGUGUGAAAAAAAGUAGUUGGACAAACCAGCAAUAUUUCUGACCUAGCUAGGCUACUUUCCUAUUUCCUUUUUUUCCUGUUCCAUCCAUUACCCCACGACUGGUAAUGUGAAAGGCUGUUUAACAUCCAGUAGCCGAGGAUUAAUAAAUUAUUGCAUUCUAGUGGUAUUGUUAACUAAGUACAUUUUAAAAGAGCUUGAUCAGUAAGUAUUAGUUAUUUCUGCAAUGGUGUGGUAGGUGGAGUAACUACAUGACAUUGUCAGGGCUGUAACUAUUGGGGGGGGGGGGGGGGGACAAGGGGGGCAGUUGCCCUCCCAGAAGAAAUCUGGAAAGCAUUAUAGAAACUUAAAGAAAAUUCUCUUCUUAACCAUUUAAGGAGUUUUAGACUUUAAUAAACCAACUAUUGGUUGCUAGUUGACUUUUUUGUUGGGUUGUGUGCUGUACAUUGUAUGCAGACAUGGAUUUGAUGUGACUAUCAAUGACACAUGCUCAUAUUGUGCAUAUAUAUGUAUACCGGUAAUAAUAUGCAUUUGAUGGGAUGUUAUGAAGCAGUGGAUGGGUAUGGAUCAAGUACCUGUUUUCAUAUAAUUUAGUAGAACAAAAAAAAGUAAAUGUUUUUGGGCUUCAAAUGGGGGCGCCCCUCGAGUUUAUACAGGACUGUUUGAAUGUCACAUUACAGUCGAUCAUACUGUGUGUUUGUAUAUACUGGUAAUAAUAUGGAUUUGGUGUCAUGUUAUUAGUUACACAUGCUGUGUUUAGGUCAGGAAAUGACAUUAUUCGGAGAAUUGCUGUAUAUUAUUGUUUGUAAUCUAGUGCUAUUUAUUUAUCGCUGUAUAUUAUCAAUAUCGUAUCACCAUUUGUCUUUCAUACAAAUAACAUAAUAUAUAUAGAGGUGAGAGAGAGAGAGAGAGAGAGAGAGAGAGAGAGAGAGAGAGAGAGAGAGAGAGAGAGAGAGAGAGAGAGAGAGAGAGAGAGAGAGA